GACGUACAAUGUCGCUGUAGAGUCGCCGCUCUGGUUCUCAGUUGAUUCGUCGCUUAUUUUGUCCGUUAUUAUGCUCGCUGAACCGCCGGUGUGGAGACGUGUCCAGUCUUUUACUGGACCCAUUCCUCGGGCCCGGCACGGACACCGAGCGGCGGCUAUCCGAGAGCUGAUAGUCGUGUUUGGGGGUGGAAAUGAAGGAAUAGCGGAGGACCUCCAUGUUUACAACACAGUUUCCAAGCAGUGGUUCCUGCCUGCAGUUAGAGGGGACAUCCCCCCCGGCUGUGCCGCUCAUGGUUUCGCCUGCGAGGGCACCCGAAUCCUGGUGUUUGGGGGAAUGGUGGAGUUUGGCAAGUACAGCAACAGCCUGUACGAGCUGCAGGCCAGUCGUUGGCUGUGGAAGAAGCUGAAGCCCCGCUCCCCAAAGAACGGCUUGCCCCCCUGCCCUCGGAUCGGACACAGCUUCUCUCUUCAUGGUAGCAAGUGCUACUUGUUUGGAGGGCUGGCCAACGACAGCGAGGACCCGAAUGGCAAUGUGCCACGAUACUUGGACGAUUUCUAUGAGCUGGAGCUGCAGACGCAGUCAGGCGUGAAAGGCUGGAGCAUCCCUGAAACGAAAGGCGGGGGUCCCUCUCCCAGGGAGUCGCAUACCUGUGUGGCGUAUGGCGGAAAGGGCAGCACCUCCCCAAAGCUUUACAUUUUUGGGGGCAUGUGUGGGAAGAGACUAGCGGACCUGUGGCAGCUGGACAUUGAGACUAUGACAUGGUCGUUACCUCAAACAACAGGACCAUGCCCGCUACCCAGGAGCCUGCACUCUUCAAAUGUGAUUGGAAACCAGAUGUUUGUGUUUGGAGGCUGGGUGCCGGUUGAGGAGACGGAGGCCAGGCAGAACACUUCCGAAGUGGAGUGGAUCUGUACAAACUCGCUGUCAGUGCUACACCUGGACACAAUGACUUGGUGUAGUCUGAACCAUGAAGGCCAGCAGCAGCAGUCAGAUGUGGUUGUGCACUCUGCAGGAGAGGAGGAGGGCAGUAGGCGCUGGCCGAAGCCUCGCGCCGGUCACUGUGCAGCAACCUCUGGCACGCGGCUGUAUAUCUGGAGUGGACGGGACGGCUACCAAAAGAGCUGGAACUUCCAAGUGUGCUGCAAGGAUUUGUGGUACUUGGAAACAGAGAAACCGUCCAUCCCAGCUCCAGUGUUCUUGGUCAAGUCCACUGUCAGUAUGGUGCAUGUAGCCUGGCGGCCCAUACCAGCGGCUGAAUGCUACCUGCUUCAGUUGCAGUCUGUCACUCCGUCUCCAGGCCUGCCCACCGGAGCCUCUGAUUCACCAACCAUGCAAGCUCCAUCCGUCAGUGAUGAAAUAGUGGAGGAGCAUCCACAGUUAUCUGUCCAGACAACCCGAGAAAUAGAUGGCGCAUGUGGGGGAGAGGAGAGCUCAUCAUCACAGGAGAGGCUUGUGUCUGAGGGUGCAGUGGGUGAGGCUGCAGAAGAGCUGAGCAGAGGAGACUUCAAUCCAGAGUCUAAAAAUGGCCAGAACAGUGACGGUGUGAGACCUGUGGACGUGAACAAGCAUAAUGGAGCAUUUUGGCAGCAAGAACAAGACAGUCUGCCCAGCCCUUCUCAGCAGAGUGAGAUUUCUGAAGAGUCUGCCUGGUUUGAUGUUGGUGUAUUUAAAACACUCUUCGCUGAGAUUACACACUACUAUGUACCCUCUGAGGGUGAGAGCACCAACCAGACAUCCAAUGGUGGCAAGUGGAAGAUGCCUGGUCCUCACAGUUUUGAGGGACGGGAGAAGCAGGAGCUUGCGUCUGGCAUUUGCUAUCGCUUUAGAGUGGCAGGCCUGAACAGCCUUGGUCAGGGAGACUUCAGUCCAGUCAGUGAGUUUAAAACCUGUCAGCCUGGAUUCCCUGGUGCACCCUCUGCAGUCAAAAUCACCAAGGCUUCGGACUCGGUGCAUAUCACCUGGGAGUCGCCGACUUCUCUAUCAGGGAAGAUUCAGGAAUACUCCAUGUAUCUGGCGGUGAGGAAGUCUCGGGGCAGUAGCGCAGAGAAGCCUGGAGAGCUGGCAUUCAUACGCAUCUACCGUGGCACCAAGACUUCCUGUACUGUCAGUGCUGUGCACUUGAGUAAUGCACAUAUCGACUGCUCAGCACGGCCCGCUGUCGUCUUCCGUAUCGCUGCCAAGAACGAACAGGGCUACGGCCCGGCCACUCAGAUCCGCUGGCUACAAGAUGCCAGUAAACUCAAGUCCUCAACAUCUCAGGCCGAAACCAGCCCCACAAACAUUGAGGCUGACACCACAGAUAGCUUAUGAAGGCUGCAGAGGAGCUUUUCUCAAGUCAGCUGUGAUGAAGAGGUUUAUAUUGGAGCCAGAAAGUGUCUUGGAAAGUCAGACGUGUUUGGCUUUGUCCUAUUCUGCUGUUUUAGCAGUCAGGAAAGCAAUACCUUUUGUACUUAAUACCUCCUGCUGUACAUUUAGACUUCGUAACUUAUUUGUAAUACUUUUUUAUUGUACAUAUUUUUAUGUAUUUGUUUUUCACAAGUUAAACAUAACGGACCAAUAUUUUUUUCCCUCUGAACUUUUGUCAUUGUUGAUGUUUUCUUUCAAAUAAUGGCAUUAAUGGAAUUGUUAGCUGUGUAUAGGAACAGAAACAUUGUUCAGCUCCUACAACUGAUAUGAAUUCAUCCAAUUAGCAGCUGGGAGCUUUGUGCCUUACUGUGAUAAAUAGAGCUAAUUGGAUGUCUUUAGUCAGUUUGCCUAAACAUGUGAUUGGACAUUCCACCUCUGUGUUGUGUAAGAUGUACAUAAUUCUUGCUGGAGGCAUCAAUGAUGAGCAGAUGUAUCGCCACGUAUAUACACCUCAAUCUAAUCAAAUAUUUAACUGCUUCCAGGCUGUUCUGUAGUGGCUCAGUUCUUCAGUUCUGGUGCCAGAGUGUUGGUGUUCAUUCAAUUCUCUGUUAAUCAAGAGAAGAGUGGAACCAGGUGUACCUGAACAGACAAAUCACUAAACGUUAGACUUCAUAUCAUAUCUAACCUGUAUUUGAAGUACAAUGACUGAAGAAAAAAUAUCUUAUCAGGAAAUAAAGAUUUCUCUCAAA